CAAACAAAGCUGCUGAUUUGUGGAGCAAAAGAAGAGGAGGGGAAAAGCGAGUGAGACAGAGAGAAAAGAGGAGGGGGAGGAUAGAAAGAGAUGAGGGGUGUGAUUGCGCCAUGCCACACACACUUGAAGCUCAGUCUCCCUUGGAGACAGUGGCAGUGCUGGAUCACGGCAUGACAGUGCAACAGUAAAGUCUCCACUUCACUGCACUUCCACUGAGCUAUCUCCACUGAGCUGUGUCACUAUCCAGACAGACAGAGAGAGACUAAGAGAGAGAGAGAGAGAGAGAGAGAGUGAGAGAGUGAGAGAGAAGCAAAGCGUAAGCACCAGUACAGCGAAAACGCUGGGCUGGAGAGGAACGGAGAGUCAGAACUGGAGUGCUGGGAAGAAGACAGAAGAGUUGACAGAGAUCUAAGAGGAGGGGAGCAAUCAAGAGCGUGGAGAAGAAGCGGAGGAGUCAGGAUGCACGGAGCUAGCAGGAGGAGCUGCUGAGCGUGCAGCAGCAGCAGCAGCAGCCCAGGCACACAUACUGACACACACACACACAUAUAUACACACACACACACACACACACACACACAUACACACACUUCCCAGGGAAGGACAGUGUGUUGUGCACCCAGUGGAGGAUGAAGAAGCACUCAGCCCGAGUGGCUCCUCUCAGCUCGUACAGCACUCAGGUCCUGACCUGCCCCAUCUCUGAAGGAGAGGAUGGUUCAGAGUCUCAUGCAGAGACACCAGGCAGCGAGACCAGCGGAGAGAGCCGGUCCUACCAGACAUGCACCAACACAGCUCUGAAGGUGCUGGGUGGUCUGCUGAUGGUGCUGUGUGUCUCCUCCUCCUGGGUGGGUACCACUCAGGUGGUCAAGCUGACCUUCCAGUCGUUCUCUUGUCCUUUCUUUAUCUCUUGGUUCAGCAGCAACUGGAACAUCCUCUUCUUCCCUAUCUACUACUCGGGACAUGUGGUCACCACAAGGGAGAAGCAGACGCCCAUCCAGAAAUUCAGGGAGUGUAGCAAGCUCUUUGGGGAGGAUGGAAUGACGCUCAAGCUUUUUGUCAAGAGGACAGCACCCUUCUCAAUCCUGUGGACGCUGACAAGCUACCUGUACCUUUUGGCCUUGAAGAAGCUGACCGCCACUGAUGUCUCUGCCCUUUACUGCUGCCACAAGGCCUUUGUCUUUCUCUUGUCCUGGAUUGUCCUCAAGGACCGGUUCAUGGGUGUUCGGAUUGUGGCAGCCAUAAUGGCCAUCACGGGUAUUGUCAUGAUGGCUUAUGCUGACGGUUUCCAUGGUGAUUCCUUUGUGGGUGUAGCAUUAGCUGUGGGCUCAGCCUCAACAUCGGCUCUUUAUAAGGUACUGUUCAAGAUGUUCCUGGGCAGUGCCAACCUUGGAGAAGUGGCUCAUUUCCUUUCCACCAUGGGCUUCUUCAACCUCAUUUUCAUCUCAUGUGUGCCCCUCAUCCUCUACUUCACCAAGGUGGAGUACUGGGGCUCACUCUCCUCACUGCCUUGGGGAUACAUGUGUGGACUGGCAGGACUGUGGCUGGUGUUCAACAUCCUGGUUCAUGUUGGUGUGGUGCUGACGUACCCCAUUCUCAUCUCCAUAGGAACACUGCUCAGUGUGCCGGGCAAUGCAGCCGUAGAUGUUUUGAAACAUGAGGUGAUCUUCAGUGUGGUGCGCCUGGCAGCCACCUGCAUCAUCUGCCUGGGCUUCUUGCUCCUGCUGCUGCCAGAGGAGUGGGACUCAGUCACCCUGCGCUUUCUGGCCAACAUAGCAGACAAGAAGUCCGAGGAACAUGGCGAGGAGCUCACAGAGUCCAGUGUCCACACUCGAAGCCGCAGUCGAGCCAAUGGCACUGUCUCCAUUCCCUUGGCGUGACAAUACUGAACUCCUAUGUAAGCCUCUGUUAACCAGUCUUGAAGCCCUGUCUGCUCAUAUUCCUCUACUGCCAACCCAGGAGGUGAGGCGGGAUGACCGGUCCACAUGGACUCUCUAUCAGGAAGACAGGAAGGAUUGUCUUGAACUUUUAAACACAGACCUUUAAUGGAGACUCAACACUGUCUCCAUCAGUUCACUACAGGAGGGAAAUAGAGAACUUUUAUGGAUUUUGCAGAUUGAAAGGGUGGAAAGUGUUAUUUACUUUCUUGAAAUACUUACCAUGCUCAGUCCUGUCCCUCGCACGCACCCAAACCAAGAGCUGACUGGCCUCCCCUGACCUGCUCUGUGGACUGUAUUCUGUGAAUAUAAAUAUUGGCAGGGCCAGUUUGGUUCAACCUUAUAUGUAUUUAUGAUAUUUAUUUAGAGUUGUAUCAAUAAGAGUAUUAAUUUCAAGUCUUAUUGAAUAGUAUUAUAUACAAGAAUGAUAAUUAUACUAUGCGUAAUGUACAGGUUCUUUUGGUUUUGUAAUAAAAGACUUAAAACCCACA